UCUAAUGGUGGCUCCGGAUCCAUCCUGCCAAGCCUUCAUCACCCGUCACUGUGGGGGCUGCAUGGGGGGGGUCUUGAGUGGGCCCAGCUGUGGUGCUGGGAGCCGCGGCCCUAUUUAAGGCCCGGCUGCAGCCUCUCACAUGAUGGGAGUGUGACUGCAGCAGCCCCGGGGAGCAGGAUGGCGCCGCUCAGGGAACGGCUGUCCCGGCUCCUCGGCCCCCGCGGGGCGGUGGGCAGCGGGGAGAGCAGCCGGCUGCUGCCCCAGGCAUCCAAGCUGGCGGAGCUGCCCUACCCCUCUGAUGAUGACGAUGACGAAGGCUUGCUGGUGGAGGACACGCACCUUCCUGUGGCCGAGCAGCAUCCCGAGGAGUGGUGCCCCGUGCCUCACAAGCUGGGCGCCUUCAGCCACUGCGUGCGGUACCUGGCCUUCCUCUGGAACCUCCUCUUCCUCCUGCUGGGCCUGCUGGCCCUAGGAGUCGGGGUGUGGGGGCUGCUGGCCAAGGGCUCGCUGCAGGACGAGCGCCUGGCCCUCCUGGGCUCCGACCCCAUGCUGCUCUUCGUGCUGGUGGGGCUGGGGGCCAGCGCCGUGUCCCUGGCCGGCUGCCUGGGGGCCCUCCGCUCCAGCGCCUGCCUCCUGCGCUUCUUCGUGGGGGCCGUGCUGGCCUUCGUGGGGCUGGAGGUGCUGGGGGGGCUGCUGCUGUUCGCGGCGCGGCGCCGGCUGCGCGACGCCCUGCGUGCCGCCCUGCUGCUCUGCCUGCUGCGCUACCAGCAGGAGCCCGACCUGCGGCUCCUGGUGGACGAGGUGCAGCGCGCCCUGAGCUGCUGCGGGCUCGGCUCCUACCGAGACUGGGAGAGCAACCCGUACUUCAACUGCAGCGCCCCGGGGGUGCAAGCCUGCAGCGUGCCUGCCUCCUGCUGCCUGGACCCGCUGCAGAACGGCUCCGUCACCAAUGACCAGUGCGCCCUGGGGGUCCUGCGCCUCGGGGACAUGGAGGCGGCCGGUGUUGUGCACCUGGGGGGCUGCGUGGUGCAGCUCGGAGCCUGGCUCCGCGGCCAGGCCGGCAGCAUCGCGACCGGCGCGGCCGUGCUGGUGCUGCUGGAGGCUGCUGGGCUGCUCAUGGCGCUGAAGGUGCUCGCGGACAUCGCGCCCGGUGGGGUGCGGGGCUGAGGGGGGGCUGGCUGCCACCGCGGGUGGGGGACACUGUGGGGUUGGGGGUGAUGCUGAGCAUGGCUGGGGCGCCCUGUGCUCUCCAUCCUUUGUUGCAGGCCAGGCUGACGCUGCCCAGAAUAAACCUCCGCAGAAGCUGAGCCCCAACUGUGUCUGUAUCCCAUCACUACAUCCCCUCCCGCUGGCUCCCUGCACCCGUGGCAUGAGGAGACGCCUUCCAGCCCCGUCCCUGCCAACCCCAGACCAUGACACCAGGCUCCUGCACUCAUUU